AUGAGCUCCCAGAAAGGCAACGUGGCUCGUUCCCGGCCCCAGAAGCACCAGAAUACCUUCGGCUUCAAGAACGACAGGUUUGAUAAGAGCGUUCUGACCAAGAAAAUUAACGCAAAACUUCAUGACGGAGUGUGUCAGCACUGUAAAGAAGUUCUUGAAUGGCGUGUAAAGUACAGCAAAUACAAACCAUUAUCAAAGCCUAAAAAAUGUGUUAAAUGUUUGCAGAAGACUGUGAAGGAUUCUUACCACGUAAUUUGUAGACCUUGUGCUUGUCAGCUGGAAGUUUGCGCCAAGUGUGGAAAGAAAGAAGACAUUGUUAUUCCGUUUAAUAAAGAACCAGGAAAGACAGAAAAUGGUGAAAAUGAUCAAAGUUCUCAUAGAAGGUGCAAAAGAAAUGAAGAAAGUGAUGAUGAUUCAGAUUUUGCUGGAGACUUAGGUGAUCUGGAUGCCGUGGACUAAUGUAACC